AUGGGAAUCAAAAGUGGGUACUUUGAUGGAUCAAGAGUCUCGGGUUGGCUCUCUGAGACGAAGAUAAACGGCGUCUAUAGUUCACUAUCUUCAUCUCAAGUUCCUACUCAAGUCCCGGAUGAUGUUGGUGAGCGUCGGGAACGAAGGAAGUGGACGCCCAGUGAUGAUGUUCUGCUGAUCAGCUUAUGGCUCAACACGAGCAAAGAUCCAGUUGUUGGUAACGAGCAAAGGUUAGGCGCAUUCUGGACGAGAAUUGCAGCCUACUAUGCCGCUAGUCCGAAGGCUGCUAGAUCCGAAGAGAGAGAGCCUGGUCACUCUGCUACACGAGAGAAGACUAGCGACUGCAAUGAGAAUGAUGUGUUGAAAAGAGCUCAUGAAAUAUUCUACAACAACUAUAAGAGGAAAUUUACCCUCGAGCAUGCUUGGAAAGAGUUGAGGAACGACCAGAAGUGGAGUGACCUUUCUACUGCAAAAAACGAGGGAAACUCAAAGAAAAGGAAGGCCGAUGAUGGUGCAGAUUCAUCAAGCUCCCAAGCCACUGAACCCAAGCGUCCCGCGGGUGUUAAGGCAGCAAAGGCCUCCGGGAAGAAGACUAUGGUGGAGGAGAAAGCGCUGAAUGUUCUUGAGACUAUGUGGUCCAUUAAACAGCAGGACCACACCGGCAAGGAAAGGUUGAAGAAGAUGAGUAUACUUGACUCUCUUAUUGCAAAAAAAAGCCUCUAG